CCGGAAGUGGGCCCGAGGGUGUGGCAGCGGCCAAGGCUCCCCGCGGCGUCGGGGGCCGAGGGAACCCUCAGCAUGGAGGCGCCGCUGUCGCCCCGCGAGUCCGCGAGGUUCGUGGCCGAGAACAGUCGCGACGUACUCGUGGACCUCGAGGGCGUGCGCAGGGCGGCUGAGCUGCUGCUGCCCGCGGCCUCGGCUUGGCGCGUGGAGCACUGGAAGGCCCUGCACGAGCUCAACCCGCGCGGAGCAGACGAGGCGGCGCUCGACUGGGUCUUCAUGGUGGACUCGCUCAACUUCUCCUUCUGGGCGGAGCAGGAGGAGCGCAAGUGUGAGGUGCGCUACGGAGGGACAGCAUACACCGGCUACUGGGCCCUGUGCGCCGCCGUGAACCGGGCGCUCGACCAAGGGAUACCAGUAACCAGCGCCUCCUACUAUGCCACCGUGACUCUUGAUCAAGUUCGGGAUAUAUUCCGUUCAGACACUGCUGUGCCCAUGCCUUUAAUAGAAGAACGACAUCGGAUUCUCAAUGAAACUGGGAAGAUUCUGCUGGAGAAGUUCGGCGGCUCUUUUCUUAAUUGUGUCCAAAAAAGUGAAAAGAGUGCACAGAGGUUAAUGCACUUGGUCGUUGAACAUUUUCCUUCUUACAGAGAUGAGGCGCAGUUUGGGGGGAGAAGGAUUGCCUUUUACAAGCGAGCCCAGAUCCUUGUGGCAGACACAUGGAGUGUGUUGGAAGGAAAGGGGGACGGCUGUUUUGAAGACAUCUCCAGCAUCACCAUGUUUGCUGACUACAGACUGCCGCAGAUUCUCGUUUACCUUGGAGCCCUGAAAUACUCCGACAAGUUGCUGGAGAAGCUUCGCAAAGGAGAAAUGCUCUCAAAUGGAGACAAACAAGAGGUGGAAAUUAGAGGUUGCUCGAUUUGGUGUGUUGAGCUCAUCCGGGACUCUCUUCUGGAGCUUCUUGAAGAAAGGGGUGAAAAGCCUCAGGGUGAGAUCAACUCCAUCCUUCUGGAUUAUCACUUGUGGGACUACGCCCGCGACCACAGGGAUGACAUGAGCGCAGUCCCGUUCCAUCGCACCCGCUGCGUUUAUUACUGACCCGCAUGUGGAUGGAUCCAGGGGAAAGACUUGCACUUUUAGAUCCUGCAGUCAUUUGCACAAUUUUGAUUUGAUAGAAAGACAAAAAUUACAAGAAUAGGUAAUUGACUAUCCAGUCUUUGUUUCUGUUUUUUUUCUUAGCAUAUCAUUUUGUAUCCCCAUAAUCAUACUGCAUAAUUUUUAAUGAUAAUAUCCAUGUCUUUAGUUGGUAGCUUUUCUCAACUUGUAGUCAUUUUCUUCCUCUUCCCCUUUUUUGUGUUUUAUGGCCCUGGGGAUCAAGCCUAUGUCUUGUGUAUGCCAGGGAAGUGCUCUACCACUGAGUCACACGCCAGCUUAUUUACUAUGUGUUAUAAUAAUUUAAUAUUAGAUAGAGAUAGUCUUUGGUGUGUAAUUAUUGCUUUUUUAAAAAAAAUUAUACAUUUUUUUUAGUGAGUAUUCUGCGUGCCUGUCUGCCUGCAGGCCAGAAGAGGGCACCAGAUCUCAUUAUAGAUGAUUGUGAGCCACCAUGUGGUUGGUGGGAAUUGAACUCAGGACCUCUGGAAGAGCAGCCUGUAUUCUUAACCACUGAGCUAUCUCUCCAGCACUUAGACUAUUGCUUUUCUAAGAAUUUAUAUACAUAUAAUCCCAGUACUCAGAAGGUGGAAGAUGAGUUCUAGGCCAUCCUGGAUUGUCUUAAAGUUCAAAAACAAGUGCUAAAGAGACAUUUGCUUCUCUUGUAGAGGACAUGCAUUUGGUUCCCAGCACCCAUUCUGGGCACUAACAAGUACCAGUAACUCAAGCUGAGCUCUCCUCACCACUAUAUUCUUACAGUGACCAUGGAAGCCAGGGAGAGCUGCUGUGUCCAGGCACCUCGCUGCCAUCUGCUGGACACUGGGUGUGUAAAGGUCUGACCUGAGCAGGACACAGCUUCCACUAAGUAGCUGUCCCUCCUUGUGUGACCCUAUAGGAUCGGAGCCUGUGGAUCUGAUAGGCCAGGCGAUCGAUGCCCACCCUGUCUCCGGGCUUGUGAAUCUUGGUAAUGGGGAUUGUAGCUCUUCAGGAAGGACCCAGCGAAAUCUCUCUUCUUUGAGAGAGGGUCUGUCUGUCAAAGCAUGGCAGCUGAGACAGCAGUAGCCUUUGUGUUUAUUCCAUUCAAUAUUGGGAAUGGAACCCAGGGCCCCUGACAUUCUGCAGGCAAGCACACUGCCACAGGGCCUCACCCUCCCCUAUUGUAGCCAAUUUGAGGAUCCAGAGCUCUGUUGUACCUGUGGUACCUGUUCUCUCUGUGAGCUUCAUGGUUGAGAUUAAAAACCACAUUACAUUUUCAA